AUGAAACAAAAGACUUCGAUACCAAAUUUAUCGAAUUCAAAUACAAAUGCUUAUAAUGGACGAAUGGAAUGGAAUCGAACCAAAUCAAUGGAUAAUGCAAUUCAUCAAUUUCGUACUGCUGUACUUAUCACAAAUGUUAAAGUUAUUGAACAAAUUCUUAAAGAUAUGCAUAAUAUUAGUCCUGGUCAUAUAGAGCGAUUGCUGCCAUUGCUAAUUGACCGAUCAUCAGCUGAACCAACCAAAGAAGCAUUGAUGACCGCAAUUUGCAUCGGAAGUCGUCCAUUAGUUGAAUUCAUUCUAUCACUCUUCAUGGAAUAUCCCGGUGAAGAACGUAAUGGAUGUCGAAAGUCGAAAUCAUUUCCAGCUCACAUGACACCACUAAUGCUUGCUUGCAUAUGUAAUAAUUUUUCCGUUGUUCAAUGUUUACUUCUCAGAAAGCAUUAUAUGCAAUUGCCACAUCGACCUGAUUGUUCUUGUGAUGAAUGUUCGCGUAGCGCACAUUGUAUGGCAAAUAGCAUAAUUUUGUUGGAUACCUAUCGUGCGAUUAGUAGCGCACCAUUUUUAUGGCUUGCAUGUACCGAUCCGUUGCUUGCUGCAUUCAAUCUUGCCAUUGAUUUGCAAGUAUGUGAAGAAAUGGAAAAAGAGCACAAGGUAGCAUAUAAUGAUUUACGUCAUAAUGUGAUGAUAUUUGCGGUCAAAAUUGCUGAACAAUGUUGGACAGCAGAAGAAAUCAAUGUGCUGCUAUCACGUAAAGUUGGAUCACCUUUAGCUGAUUGCGAAUUACCUUUUCCACGUAUCCAAUUAGCUCUCAAAUCUCAUAUGAAACCAUUCCUUUCUUCGUUGAGCGUUCAAGCAACAAUAGAAGGUCAUUGGCAUGGAAGAUGGACAGAUAUUGGAAAAUCUAAAUUUCAAGAUUUAAGUCGUAAAUUUCGACAUUUCUUAUGUUACCCAAUUUUAGCAUUAUUUCAUAUAAUCAGCGCUGGAUUUUACAUUGAAACAUUUAAAUACCCAUUGGCACGAUAUACGAGCAGAUUAGCAAGUUAUAUACUAUUCCUUAUUAUUUUAAUUUUUAUUCGAUUUUUUGGUAGGACAGGUGAACGAUCAUCCGAGCGAUCGCUUCUUAAUAGUUAUUUACGCUUAAUAUUAGAAAGUUAUGUAUAUUUAUAUGUAUAUGGUUUAGCUGUCACGCAUUAUAUCGAAUUUGCCAGCAAAGGUUUAAUAAGAUUUUACAGCGCGUGGUGGCGAUGGUUUGAUCUUAUUUUAAUAUGGCUAUUUUCGGGAUCAUUUUUUUGCUUUAUUAUGACAGCGGUUACCAUUAGUCAAGAUGGAUUAAAACAAUUACAUCGAAGGCAUUGGGUAUAUUAUGAUUUUUCAAUAAUUUAUGAUAUUUACUUUGGUGCAGCUUCUGUAAUGGCAUUAUGGAGAAUUUUAUAUUACUUUCAGCUACAGCGAUAUAUUGGCUCAACUAUUGUAAGUAUUAUUAAAAAUAUUUAA